AUGGUUUAUGGACAGUUCUACCACAGAGACAGACAUUACCUGGAGAUGAUCAACAUCAAUGUUGGGGGCCUGAAACGAAAGGUUGAGCAAAGGGCAUUGUUAAAAUUUCCAGAGACCAGAUUGGGAAAGUUACUGGCAUGUUCCUCAAGAGAGGACACCCUUGAGUUGUGUGAUGAUUACGAUGUGUAUGCUGAUGAAUAUUACUUUGACAGAAAUCCAAGUUUCUUUCAUUAUGUGUUGAAUUUCUAUUCCACGGGCAAGCUCCAUGUGAUGGAGGGGAUUUGUGUAUUCUCGUUCCACCAAGAAAUAGAAUACUGGGGCAUUGGAGAGAUUUGUAUCCACCACUGCUGCAGGUUCAAAUACCAUGAACGCAAACAGAAUGCUGUUGAGAGGGAGUUUGACUCACAGAGUGAUGACCUGAGCUUAACUUCUGAAGAUGCCAGCACCAUCCCCCUACAAAUGGAGAGGUUUAAACAUAUGUGGUAUGGUAAACAUAGAGAAAAGUUGUGGCUCAUUUUAGAGAAUCCAGAAUAUUCCUUUCCAGCCAAGGUUUUCACCAUAUCCUCACUGGUCAUAGUGUUGCUUUCCAUUGUGGCUAUGUGUGUUCACAGUCUGCCUGAAUUUCAUGGGCGAUCUGAAGACCCUGGCUUCCUGACUGUUGAAUUCACCUGUAUUGUGUGGUUCAGCAUUGAGUAUAUAGCAAGGUUGAUAGUCACCCCAUGCCUCUGCAAGUUCCUCCAAAAUCCACUGAAUAUCAUAGACUUUUUAUCAUUUCUACCAUUCUAUAUUACCCUGGUAGUAGAACGUAUAGAUGAUGAUAGCUCAGAGCUGGUGAACAUUGGCCGUGUGGUACAGGUUCUUCGGUUGAUGCGCAUCUUUCGGGUUCUGAAGUUGGCUCGUCACUCCAUUGGAUUGAGGUCGCUCGGAGCAACCUUUAGACAUAGCUAUGAAGAGGUAGGACUCUUGGUUGUGUUUUUGACUGUAGGCAUUGCCAUCUUCUCAGCCCUCAUCUACUCAUCUGAGAAAGAUGAGAAAGAAACUGGACUGCAUAGCAUCCCUAUUAGCUGGUGGUGGGCAACCAUUAGCAUGACCACUGUUGGUUAUGGUGACACUUACCCAGUCACCAUACAGGGUAAGCUCAUCGGCAGCACCUGCAUCAUAUUCGGCCUGUUGAUGGUCGCUUUGCCAGUUACUGUCAUAUUUAACCGUUUUUCAAAAUAUUAUCAACGGGAACAAGCCAUCGAUGUCGUGAUUCGAAACCAAGAGCUGAGAAAGCUGGCUGCAGGUCUACCAUGCGUCAACAUCAGGGACAUUUAUGUGAGGAAGAUGCGUUGUAGUUCAAACACCCAUGCACUGGACCUGAACAGCGCACCUUGUGAGAAACAGAGUUCCAUAGAGUCUUCAACCAGCCAGCACGUGGAUAAGGAACACUGUUCCCAGCAAUAA